AUGGCAUUCCAGGCACCACCAAAGAACAUCGUCGUGAGCGGCGGAGCUCGUGGCAUUGGGCGAGCCAUGUCACGCAUGUUUCUCGAAGCCGGCCACCACGUCUUCAUCCUAGACAUUGACGAAGAAGAACUCACCCACACCACCAAAGUACACCUGAAGAAGUACUACGAAGAGGAGAAAGUUGAGUCUGCGAUCUGCAACCUGCGAGACGUAGAAGACAUCCGCAAUAAAGUCGUCACAGCAGCGGAGAAGUUCUUUGAUAGCCGCAUCGACGUGCUCAUCAACAAUGGCGGCAUUGCGAGCCCACAGUGGAGAGAUGGCAAGACUAUGGAGGACAAGAGCAGCUGGAACGAGUGGCAGGCGUACAUAGAGACGAACCUGAGCGGCCCGUUUGCGAUGAGCCAGGCAUGCAUCCCGUACAUGAAGGCGCGCGCUCACGAUCGUGAGAAUGGUGCUCAUAAAGAGCAGGGUGCCGGACCGUGUAUCAUCCACAUUGGCAGUUUCCGCGCACAUCAGUCUGAUCCCAACCAGGAGGGGUACGCUUCGAGUAAGGCGGGUCUAUUGGGCCUGAUGCACUCGAUGGCGAUCAGUCUCAGCGCUCUCGGCAUCCGUGUGAAUCUGGUAGCACCAGGCAGGAUCAAGGUGGCGCACGAGUGCAAGGAGGGGGAUAAAGCUGGAACGAACUGGGAGGAGCAGAUUCUCGAGAAGGACAUCGACGAUCACCCAACGAAUCGCGCUGGAAGGCCGAAGGACGUGAUCGACGCGUGCUUGUGGUUGAUCGAGGCUGGUUUCGUGACCGGCCAAGAUAUCACCGUGGACGGAGGAGCUCUGAAGAAGAAGAACUGA